GUCACUUCGACUUCCUGGCGAUGACAAACAACCAGCACUGCAACAGCACGUCUACCAUCAUGAUUGCCUUCCAGUGGUCUUGAGUUGCUCCCAAAGCAAGCGCAUACCUUAGCAAACUCUCACAUCGCCCAAACCGAGCUCAUCACCAUGUCGAAAUCGAUGACCUUCCUGUUCAGAACUCACCGAACGCAUACCAAUACACGAUCGUUAGCGGAGCAAAUAAGGCUCGGCGAAUUGCGGCGUAAUUCAUAUCGAUGAGGCACUCGACCAAUACAGUGUGAUAUCGGACUUGAAGAUUGCGAAUGCAAAGUAGCAGAAGCAUUUCUGUCGGGUCGUUAAGGGUACCACACAUCACAACCAGUAGUUGAGCCGCCCUGCGCAUCAGCACCGCCGCUGAGUCAACAUGGCGCACGCUUCUGCGUCCAUAUUCACUUGGGAGCCAGAUACUCCUCGGGUGUCUUCGCCAUGGCUGAAAGCUGCGGACGAUAGGUCCAGCCCCGCACCUGAAGGGGAUGGCAACAGCAAUGGCCAGCUGGGAGCGGCAGCCAAAAGCUUGCGUGAAGCUGCGGACAAUGGUCAAAAAGUGACACGACUCCAUGCCGAGCCGCAAAAUGGUCCUGUGGAAUACAAGCUCCAUCUGCUUUUGCGGCCGAGGCGCAAGUUUCGAUCUACCAGUACCGGUAUCUACGUGCCCGGCUCCAAGCAUGCAAUGGCUGAAGAUGGACCUCCAAAAGUGAAGGCGUCUGCAGAAUUCGUUGCAGACUCUAGCGCCACCUCUGGGAACAAUACACCUUCACAAUCCACGCAGCAGUUCCGCCAGCACAGGUUGCAGCAGUUGACAACACAACUCAUGUGGCGCCUCCAGCAGUCUUCUCCGCAUCACACAUCUUCUGCUGACAACAUCAUCAUGCCCACGCUGCCAGAAGCGCUGCCAGAGCUGCAAGUACCUCAGCAAAUGGGCAAGCUAUUACACGGACUUGAAGAGAGCCAAGGUGCGCUGUACGAAAUCGGCGUAUCCGAUGAUGGCACCCUCAUAGGUCUGGCUGAAGAUGAAUUGCAAGAAAGUUUGAACAACUUGCGAGCGAUGGCUGCAUGCUUAGGCUGCACAGUCGAGGUACUACGUGAAGAAACUGUAGGAGAGUGCGAGUGGCUGGAAGAUACUGUCAUUGCCAACCAAGAGCGGAAGAUGCGACAUUCAGGGAGACUUGUUGUGGCUGAAGCAUUGGUGCGACCAUUCUUGCAUUCUUCCAGCCCAACUUUGCCAGGUCAAGAGGGAGCUCACAGUGAGCCAUCACUCACCGCAUUGCCCUCUUCUGCAGAUCUCGCCCCACCCAGCACCGAGCAAUUGCGGAUCACACUAACGGGACCGACUCGGUCUGGCAAGUCCUCGUUACUGGGGACAUUGACGACCUCUACUUUGGACAAUGGUCUUGGAGGAAGUCGACUAAGUAUGCUGCGUCAUCGCCAUGAACGGAGCUCCGGCAUCACGAGCUCGGUCACGCAAGAGUUGCUGGGAUAUCGAGAAGGGAUGAAUGGGACUGUGGAGGUCGUAAACUAUGCUACCGAAAACGUCUCGACCUGGAUCGACAUGCACCUUGCCUCUGCUGGUAAUCGCUUGAUCCUUGUCUCGGAUUCUGCUGGCCACCCGCGGUACCGCCGAACAACAAUCCGAGGCCUCGUCGGUUGGUCGCCUCAUUGGACUUUGCUUUGCGUCUCUGCGAACGACGAAGACAGCGCUGCAAGUGCGAGCGACGCCCCGUUACUUUCACAGCAGGCAGCUAUACCCACUGCCAUGGAUCUGGCGACCGCUCAGCUGAAUUUGUGCCUGCGUUUGCAACUACCGUUGAUCGUCGUCAUCACCAAGCUCGAUCUCGCUUCCAAGUCAGGUCUCCGACUCGUACUGUCAAGAAUAUUGGAUGUGCUGAAGGCUGCCGGCCGGAAGCCUGCUGUGAUGCCCAGUAAAGGCAACAUCACGGAUGCAAGUGAUUUGCAGACUGUGAAUCCUGGGCUUCUGGAGUCUGCGUACAACACUGCUCUACCUCUGCUCAAUGAUUACCGGGGAUCAGUCCCAAUCGUGCUGACAAGUGCAGUAGACGGCACAGGCAUCAGUAAUUUGCAUGCUUUGUUACACGAGUUGCCGAGCCCUGAGCCGCUAUUGGAAAACGGACCAGAUGCAGCAUCUGCCAUUUUCGAUAUUGAAGAUGUCUACAGCAAGCCAGCAGAAGUUGCGGGCGUGAUUGUAUCUGGCCGCAUACGCUCGGGUCAACUAUCUGUCGGGGACGUAGCGGUUGUCGGCCCCUUCUCUGGCCAUGAACUGCAUGAGGACUCCGAGGAUUCGGAUGAGCGCCCGUUGCGCAAAUCCACAUCUUCCAGCCUGCCCACAUCCCGAUCGUUUCCAGGAGCGCUCCGGAACUCGCACUUCACGCCGCCACUAUAUCAAUUGCCCAAUCAGGAAUGGAGGCGGGUCAAAGUGACCAGCAUCAGGAAUCUUAGACUACCCGUGCACUCGCUACACGCUGAUCAGGUUGGCACUAUCGCGGUCACUCUCGACGAUACGUCUAUCAAGACUGCCCAACUGCUACGGAUACGAAAAGGCAUGGUACUUUCGGCGAUCCAACCCCUUGCGGCACGCAGCUUCACUGCCCGGUUCGCGAGGGAAGAUCUGGAGCAUCUUGCAGUUGGCAAUCACGUCGUCGUCUACAUUUCGAGCGUCCGAGCUUCUGCAAAAGUCGUCACUGCUCGAGCGCCUGAUUCUCCGGAAGAGCGCGUUUCGGAGCCGAACAAUGGCGCUGAGGACCCUUUCGGUUUUGAUGACUUGGAGGAGAGCAUCGAGACGCCGCAAAACAAGAACUUGGCUGGACACAUCACUGCAUCCGAGCUUCUAGUGACUUUGAGCUUCGACACUGCGAAGGAGUAUGUUGUUGUCGGAGACCGAGUGCUCGUCAUGCCAAGCGGUGGUGCUCCGUUGUAUUCUGGCAACGAAAGAGGUGAGAAAGGUGUCGCCGGCCUUGAAGGCUUUGUGGGGCUCAUCACAGAGGUCAGAAAUUGAGCUUCGAGAGAUCGUAUACUUGGAAACAGCAUCUUUGUGCAUGUGCGUGUUCACAUUUCCGACUGAUCAUUCCAUAUCGCUGCCACGUUCACAGCUAUCACGUGUCAUUACCCACCUUCCAUCGACUGAGAAGUCUGCGCAGAGAUCUCUACAUGUCGACGACCGAGCGAUCACCUCAUCAGUCAUUUCGACCUGCAAGUCAGUCACAUCGCCUGAUCAUUGCCAUGAGCAUGCAAUACCUCUCACACAACUGUUCCCACCACAUAUACCUAAUUGGGAUAUUCCGAUCAACACUUCGCAAGUUUCACUUCAGAACAAGCGACUUGGCACUUCUUCGUCGACCGUGAGGCGGAAUAGAGUUGGCUGAUCAACACUCUCUGGCGACGACGAUCUUUUCCUUGCUUGCUUGCCUUGCCCCGCUGGAGAUGGCUGUUGGCCCCUCGUGUAUGGCGGCCUCCCCCGCCCCGCGCGGUAAACUGACUUUACGCUUGAAGAGUUAGUUUACCGCCAGACACUGCAUGGCUGAGAGUUUGGGACUUGUGGAAAGGCUGUGCUUUGCUGUGCUGUGCCACUUCAUGUGCUGUGCUGCGCUUUGCUGCGCUGUUGGUCUUUUGCUGCUUUGGAGAGGGGUUGGUGGCGAGGGGUUGUCGUGAUGAUUGGUGGUUGGUGGGUUGGAGAUUCACAAGCGCUGAUGUUGUCUUGCUGUUGGUCAUAGAGCGAUCGCACGCUGGCUAGAUGGGUCGCGCAAUAUGUGAGGCCUGAGGGUCUCUUUGAUGACGGGAGAUGGUGUUGAUGAUGCUUCUCCACGUAGGUUUCGUGCUUUGACACGUUCGCUGUCAGCACCUAGUGCCUCUCAAGAGGCGCUCUGCCGC